CCGCUGUCCUUUUAUGUCCCCAGGAGCCUGAUGCCACGAACGUUGGAGGGGCAGAUCACCAUGGAGAAGACCCCCAGCUACUUUGUGACCAAGGAGGCGCCCAGGCGGAUUUACAACAUGUCCCGGGACACGAAGCUGAUCGUGGUGGUGAGGAACCCCGUCACCAGGGCCAUCUCGGACUACACGCAGACACUCUCCAAAAACCCCACCAUCCCCAGCUUCCAGGCCCUGGCCUUCAAAAACAUCAGCACGGGACUGAUCGACACGACCUGGAGCGCGGUGAGGAUCGGGAUCUACGCCAAGCACCUGGACAACUGGCUGCAAUACUUCCCCCUGUCCAAAUUCCUCUUCGUCAGCGGGGAGAGACUCGUGAGCGACCCGGCCGGGGAGAUGGGCCGAGUCCAAGACUUUCUGGGUCUCAAGAGGGUGGUGACGGACAAACAUUUCUAUUUCAACGAGACCAAGGGUUUCCCCUGCCUGAAGAAGCCGGAAGGCAGCAGCAGGCCCCGUUGCCUGGGGAAAUCCAAAGGACGGCCUCACCCGAAAAUCGACUUGCAGGUGGUCCAGCGCCUGCAGGAGUUCUACAGACCCUUCAACAUGAAGUUUUACCAGAUGACAGGGCAGGACUUUGGGUGGGACUGAGGCGGUCCGGGCCGCCCAGGGCCGCCCUUCGGACAAACUCCUCCCUUCGUUCUAAUUUAUAUCGGAGCUCUUCGGGCGAGAAACGGACCCUUACGGAGUAGAGAGAAAUAUUUAAGAAAUAAAAACCCAGAUGUCCCCUCUGCCCCCAAUUCCCCAACCAGAGUAAAUAUUCUUCCAUAUAAACCUCGCUAAUCUAUAUUAACCGUGAGCGUUUGGGGCGGGUGGGUGUGUGGCUGCGUGGU